AUUGUGAGUCAAGAAGGAUAAAUACCUGUUUUCAUAUCAUCUUCAACAAGAAAUCGGAGACUUCAACUCUAAAAAACCUCAACGCCACAACAAUUAAUUAAACCUCCUCUGAAUUUUGAUCGUUGCAAUUGUCUCGGGAAAGCUAUACACGCUUUAUAUAUAGAGAGAGAUUGCUGAGGUAUAUAGAGAGAGAUUACUGAGAUUGAGAUUGGAAGGUUAGAGAGAUGGAUUUUGAGCUGAGAAGAGCAAGAGAGAAGUUGGAGAAAGAACAGACGGAGAGGAAAGAGAAGGCCAGGCUGAAGCUGCAAAGAGAGAGAAAAUCCAAACAGGAGGCGAUUAAGCAACGCGAGUCCAUUGAAGCUGCGCAGAGAUCUCGAAGGAUCGAGGCUGCCGAAGCUCAACUCAAGGCUGAUCAAGAAAUGGAAGAAAGUCUACUUGCUGGGAGAGGGCUUAUGUUUUAUCGUGUCUUAGAAGCUGUGCCUUAUCAGGGUAAUGGAGAUAAAAUCAAAUUACCACCAUCCUGCUUCACAGAUUUGUCUGAACAAGGUGCUUUUGACAAAGGACCCAUACACUUCCGGUUGACACUAAUACAUAAAGAGGUGCCUUCAGACGUGAAAGAUGAUGACAGACAAAAUCAUAAAACAACACAUGCUGGUGUCCUGGAAUUCACUGCUGAGGAAGGUUCCGUUGGGCUUCCUCCUCAUGUAUGGGGUAACUUAUUCCCUGCAGAAGCUCCCGAGACUUCCUUGGUUGAAAUUCGUUACGUUUGGCUGCCAAAAGGAGCUUAUGCAAAACUUCAACCUAAUGAAUUUGGCUUUUCAGACAUACCCAAUCACAAGGCUGUCCUUGAAACAAGCCUUCGCCAGCAUGCAACUCUUUCUCAAGAUGAUGUGCUCACAGUCAAGCAUGGUGCACUGGAGUACCAUUUACGAGUUCUUGAAUUAAAACCCUCUUCAAGUGUGUCUGUUCUAGAAACAGAUAUUGAGGUUGAUGUAGUAGGUCCUGAGUCAGUUGCAGAGGGAACAAAUCAGCAUGUCCUAAAAGCUCUUAAAUUUGGAAUAUCAGAAUCUGCCGUUGUUGACGAAGGAAACUAUGUGUAUUACAAGUUCUCAAUAGACAACGAUACUUGGGGAAAGAUUUUGUCUGCAGACUCCAAAAUUGUGGUAAAGCUAGAACCAGAUAGGCAAGAUGGUGAUACUGAUCUUUAUAUUUCCAGGCAUCCCCUCUUAUUCCCAACCAGGCACCAGCAUGGAUGGUCUUCACAUGAUGUUGGUUCAAAGGCUUUGAUCCUUAGCUCAAAAGACCAGAGUUUGGGAAUAGGUACCUACAGCAUUGGUGUAUAUGGAUUCAAGGGGAGAACAAACUAUCUGUUAAGAGUAACAGUUCAAGAUAACUUUGAUCAGAAAGUGGGUCAACAAACUAUGUCUUCCUCUUCAUCUAUGGAGAUAGAUACUGUGGAGUGUAGAAAUUGCAAGCAUUAUAUACCCACUAGGACUAUAGCCCUACAUGAGGCAUAUUGUAGCAGGCAUAAUGUCGUCUGUCAGCAUGCUGGUUGUGGGGUUGUUCUUAGGAUUGAAGAGUCCAAAAAUCAUAUCCACUGUGAUAAAUGUGGGCAAGCUUUUCAACAAGGAGAAAUUGAGAAGCACGUGAAAGUUUUCCAUGAGCCUCUUCACUGCCCCUGUGGAAUUGUCCUUGAGAAAGAAAAGAUGGUGCAACACCAAUCCUCAGAUUGCCCCUUGCGCUUAAUUACAUGUCGGUUUUGUGGGGAUAUGGUUCAAGCUGGCAAUUCUGCUGCAGAUGCAAGGGACAGAUUAAGAGGACUUUCGGAACACGAGAGUGAGUGUGGGUCAAGAACUGCUCCAUGUGAUUCAUGCGGACGCUCUGUCAUGUUGAAGGAGAUGGACAUUCACCGAAUUGCUGUUCAUCAAAAGAACUAAUCCCGUAAUUUCUCUUUCACUUCGUGUGAUUUUGGAAUGAGUUACUGACCUACAUUUAUAAGGCACUGGUGGAUGUGGUUUCACUGCCAACAAAUGAGGAGAUGUGCUGUUUAUUUGGAGUUUAAUCUGAUGAUUGUUCUGUGGCAAUUGUAAUAUUUUAUGAACUAUUCAACCCACUGCCCUGAAUUCAGGGCAGGGCUGUGGGUCAUGUGAAUGGCAUUGGUUGUAGAUUUCUGGCUAUCAAAUAUAUAAUUUCUUUGUAGUGGUACCAUGUACCAUUUUA